AUGACAGUUACCAAACUCCCCAGUCAUGCGGAAGCCGACCAAUCGUCACAGCAAUCCGAAGACAUAACCCCCAAAGAAAUCGAAUGUCCAGAUGGCGGUUUACUCGCCUGGCUCCAAGUAGCCAGCUCAUUCUUCCUCCUCUUUAACUCAUGGGGCAUCAUUAACACAUUCGGCGUCUACCAAACAUACUACGAAACUAACCUCCUGCACAACCACUCCCCCAGCUCGAUAUCAUGGAUCGGCUCAAUCCAACCCUUCCUCCUGCUCAUCGUGGGCGUCAUAUCCGGACCCCUCUACGACAUGGGCUUCUUCCGGUCCCUCGUCGCCGUCGGCACCGUCCUCAUCGUCCUCAGCUUCAUGCUCACCAGUCUAUGCAGAGCCUACUGGCAGGUGAUUCUCGCGCAGUCCAUAUUCGUCGGUGUAGGCGCAGGAUGUCUCUUCAUCCCAGCAGUAGCAGUUGUGCCGCGGUACUUUCUACGCAGGAGAGCCGUGGCCACGGGCAUCGUCACAUCGGGAAGCAGUCUAGGCGGGACGCUGUAUCCGAUUAUAUUCCAGCAGCUUGAGCCGAGGAUCGGCUUCCCCUGGACGAACCGUGUGCUUGGGUUUAUCGCCCUUGCGACAUGCACUUUUUCACUGGUGGUUAUACGACCGUUGGGGAAACCGAGCGAGAGGCGAUCCCUGCUGGAGCUGCCUGCGUUUAGGGAGCGCACAUAUCAGAUAUACUGUGUGGCAAUGUUCUUUGGGUAUAUUGCCUUCUUUGGUCCCGUGUUUUAUCUACAGUCGUAUGCCUUGACGCACGGGUUAUCUGACGGGACGCUGGCGCUGUAUCUGGUUGCUAUUUUGAACGCGGCGUCCAUAGCUGGCAGAAUUGUCCCGCCGUAUUUUGCGCCCAAGAUUGGCGCUAUUAACAUCAUGUUCUUCUCGUGUGCUUCCGCUGGCGUCAUCACCAUGUGCUGGAUUGCGGUGCGUAGUGCGGCUGGGAACGUUGCCUUUGCGGUGGCAUAUGGCUUCUCAUCAGGGGGGAUUAUUGCCAUGCCGACGGUCGUGCUGGCGAGUCUGAUGCAGGAUAUUGGUCUGCUUGGGACGCGGAUGGGCAUGUCUUCGGUGUUGAAUGCGUUUGCGUCCCUGUGCGGAGCUCCAAUUGUAGGUGCGAUCUUGAAGGGGAGUGCAGGGGACUAUCUUGGGGUUCAGUUGUUUUGUGGCUUGUCCAUGUUGGUUACUGCCGGGAUUUGGUUUGCGUUGCGAUGGACGCAGAGUGGUCCGAAGCUGCUGGCGAAUGUAUGA